GUCCAGUGAAACAGUUGCGGUGAUUCUCAUGAAAAAUGUUAUAAUUCUCCUUUCCUUUGCUUUCUGCAUUGAAAUUUCUCACUAUCAAAUCAUUUUUCGCGGUCAUUUUCUGUAAGAUUCCCUCUUUUCUGGAUCGAAACCCUCUUCUUGUAAAUAAUGUGGAAAAUUGGUAGGUCAAUAACCGGAGAUAAUGAGGAAGAUGAAGGAGAGAGUUUGUUGGGUGAGGACUCAGGUGGCCUCUGCUCGCUCUCUACAACACAGAGAAUUUACGGAUUCGCUGCUUGUUUGGUGGCUGGUCUGGUUUGCAUGUUACUGUCAAUGAUCGUUUUUGCCAAACCCAUCAAAUUUGCUGUAUUGUUCACAUUUGGCAACCUUUUAGCAGUUGGAAGUACAGCCUUUCUUCUUGGACCUAUACAGCAACUGGAAAUGAUGUUUGACCCUGUUCGUCUCUUUGCCACAGCCAUAUACCUUGUAUGUGUGGUUAUAGCACUUAUCUGUGCUUUGUGGGUCCAUAGCAAGGUGUUGACCAUAAUUGCUAUCAUAAUUGAGAUUGGCGCCCUAAUUUGUUCUUACAGGUACAGCCUGAGCUAUAUACCGUUUGCUCGGAGAAUGGUUUCUGAGUUGAUGAUCCGAUUGUGUGAUACAGAACUUUGAAAAAAAUAAAUGAAAGAAAAAGAAACAAAGCAAAAUAAGGAUUUUUCAUGUUUUCUCGUAAAGGUGGUUGCUCGGGGUUUUGAUUUUGUAGACUAAUUCGUGGUUCAGUUGGUAUUACUGAUUGAUUAUGUUAGUUUUGUGUUCGUGAAGCCUCAUGUAAGUCUUAAUGAGGAUUCGUGUUCCUGUCCCAAUUCUUUCUGUAAACACUUGAAACAUGA